AUGGCCGCUGAUCUGGACGUGGUGAACCUGUUCAUAAUUGCGGGGGGGACUCUGGCCAUUCCCAUCCUGGCCUUCGUGGCUUCCUUCCUCCUUUGGCCUUCUGCCCUCAUCAGAGUGUACUACUGGUACUGGAGGAGGACUCUGGGCCUGCAGGUGCGCUACGCCGACUGCGGCGGCUACCGCUUCUGCUUCGCCUACCGAGGGAAGCCGGGGACGAGGCCCUCCAUCUUGAUGCUGCACGGCUUCUCCGCCCACAAAGACACGUGGCUCACGGUCGUCAAGUAUUUACCCAAGCACCUCCACAUUGUGUGUGUGGACAUGCCGGGUCAUGAGGGGACGACACGCACCAACGCAGAGGAUUACUCCAUCCAGGGGCAGGUCAGACGGAUCCAUCAGUUUGUGGAAACCGUUCGCUUGAACAGGAAACCGUUCCAUGUGGUCGGGACCUCGAUGGGAGGAAACGUAGCCGGAGUUUAUGCAGCCUGCUUCCCCUCAGACAUCUGCAGCAUAACUCUCAUUAGUCCAGACGGUAUAAGACACCCCUGUGAGACCAAGUUUGACAAUCACGUUCAGGACCUGCAGCACAGCGACUACUCUCUGAACAUCCCGCUGAUCCCCACGACGCCCGAGGAGAUGGAGGACAUGUUCAGACUGUGUUCUCACGUGCGCUUCAGAAUCCCUCAGCAGAUUCUUCAAGGGCUGGUGGACGUGCGGCAGCCUCACAACACGUUUUACGAAGAAGUAUUUAUGGAGAUUGUUGCUGAGCCAUCCAGAUACGCCUUACAGGAGCACUUACAUCUGAUCAAGGCUCCUUUGCAAGUGAUAUGGGGCAAAAAAGACCAGGUGGUGGACGUCUCUGGGGCCGCGGUCAUUGCAGAGGUGUUGCCUGGGUGCAGGGUGGACCUGCUGGAGAACUGCGGACACUCUGUGGCGAUGGAGAGGCCGAGCAGGACGGCCAAACUCAUCCUGGAGUUCAUCAUCUUGCAGCACAACAGCAACAACAACAACAACAACAACAAAAAGAGACAAAUAGGCACUAAAACGCGCCGGUGA